GGGUCAAUUGUGCAUGCUAUGUGUGUGACUUCUUGUCUGGCGUACACAGGUCCUUUUGCAAGUUUGGAGAUAUGUCCAAAGUGCGGCGAGCCUCGUUACGAUCAAUCCAAGCUUGUGUCAAGUGGUGGAAAAGAGAAAGUCCCUCGCCAGCAGUUCCACACAAUACCAGUCAGGCCUCAAUUACAGGCGCUAAGGAGGCACUCAGAUACUGCUACCAGCAUGCAUUAUAGAGAACGCCAAACAGCUGAUAUCAUGGAGGAGCUCAAACUCAACAACAACAUCCUUUCUUCGUAUGAUGACUUCUUCCACGGUAAAGACUACCUUGAUGCUGUUUCUGAUGGUUGAAUAAAUGCUCACGACAGCGUACUUAUAAUCUCUGUUGAUGGUGCCCAGCUCUACAAGAGCAAAGCAUCAGAUUGUUGGAUAUAUAUAUGGGUGGUAAUAGAUCACACACCCAAUGUUCGUUAUAAGAAGAAACAUGUUCUCCCCGGUGGUUUCAUUCCAGGUCCAAACAAACCAAAAAAUCUUGAUUCUUGUAUGUUUCCUGGGUUGCAUCAUGUGGCCGCACUUCAAAAGGAGGGUCUUGUUAUCUGGGAUGCUUUAACCAAUUCAUUGCAUGUCUCACACCCGUUUC